AUGCCCACCGCUAGAGAGUCCGCAGGUCCUCCCAUCAGCCUAGAUUACCUCGCCAACCCAGAUCCCACCGCUUUCGUGCCGGAUGCCGACGCUUUCUCAGCAUCUCUGGAAGCCAAUAUGCCAAUGACCCAGUGCUCGGCAUUCCAGCUUGAUGGUGCUUUUGCUCCCUUGCUGAAUAAUAUGCCCGGGGACGGCUUUGUCGAUGGUCUCUGGCCGUCUGACCACUUUCCAACCGAAGCGUCCCCAGCCCAAACAGAGAAGUCGUUGACUAGGAGGGACUACUCCAAGAUGGCUCAUGAAUGCGAUGACUUUGCCGCCUGGCAGCUUGCAGACCCAUCGACCAAAGUCGGGUUCACCCUCAUAGCACUCAAGAACUUCCAUGUGGCCUUCGCCCGGCAUAACUGCACCUCGUACCUUCACCGAUGCCUCUACAAGGAUGACAUGCCUCGCUGGGUGCUACACGCUUUUUCGACAUGCCUUCUAUAUACGCACCAGACUGAGUCAAACCGUGGACCUGUCCUCCGAUCUAUCCGCAUGUUCGACGGAGACAUAGCCCUGGGACAGCAGGCCGAUAACGACAUGCCACUGUUAGAAUCUUGGACCAGGGACCUUUGCCGAGCCCGAGACAAUAUAACGGGACUUCCCAGCUCAGCCGAAAGAGAUAUCCGCGCUGAGCCACCCGAGUGUUGGGAGCGGUGGGUGUUUGCUGAAAGUCUGAGGAGGACCUGUAUGAUGUCUUUCUCCUUGCAGUCUUUCUGGGGACUUAUAAAAGGCCGCAUAAUCGCCCCCGAGUCCGACAAGUGGGCUUAUGUCCCUCGAUGGACACUAUCAAGUCACCUGUGGAAUGCCACCAACUCAUUUGAUUUUUUCCGUGCCUGGAAGGAAAAGCCCCUAUGGCUCGUCUCUGCGUUCGAAUUUGAGGAGUUCCUGGAAACCGGUGUUGGAGACGACCUGGAUGACUUCCCCCUUUUCUUCCUGACACUUUACUUUGGUGUGAACGAGAUGAAAACCUUCUGCUAUGAGACAAGCGGUCGUCUCUUAACGUAA